GUGGAGGAUUUGGUGGCAUGUCUGCUGAUGAUUUGUUUGCUAAUUUGUUUGGUGGAGGUGGAGGUGGAGGUGGAGGAUUUGAUUUUGGUGGUGGAGGAGACUUUUACUACGGCUCAGGUUCAAUGCCUCGUCGUCCUCGUAAAGGUGAAAGCAUGAAAUAUCCUCUUAAUGUCAGUCUGGAAGAUCUCUAUCUUGGUAAACGUACUAAGCUAGCCUUGGAGAAAAAUGUCAUUUGUUCCAACUGUGAAGGUAAGGGCGGCAAGACAGGUGCUACCAAGAAAUGUAAUGCUUGUAAGGGUCGUGGUUUCCAAGUAGCCAUGCGUCAAGUAGGCAUGGGCAUGAUUCAACAAAUGCAAGUACCUUGUCAAGAAUGUGAUCAUACAGGUGAAAUUGCCAAGGAUCGCUGUAAGAAAUGUAAAGGCAAAAAAGUCACUGUUGAGAAGAAGUUCCUUGAAGUCUUUGUUGAAAAGGGUAUGAUGGAUGGACAAAAGAUUGCCAUGAAAGGAGAAGGUGAUCAAGAGCCUGGUGUUGAACCUGGAGAUGUGAUCCUUGUAUUGAGCCAGAAACAACAUGCUGUAUUUACACGCAAGGGCAAUGAUUUACUCUGUAAAGUGAAGGUCACUUUGACAGAAGCUCUUUGUGGAUUCGACAAGGUGGUUGUGACACAUUUAGAUGGCCGUGGUAUUCAAGUCAAACAUCCUGCAGGCAAAGUCAUUCGACCCGGUACUGUGAAACGUAUUCCUCAUGAAGGUAUGCCUACCUAUAAACGCCCUGAUAGUCGUGGUGAUUUGUUCAUUGAGUUUGAUGUUGAAUUUCCCUCGGACGAUUUUGCUACUUCUCAACAACUGGCUAGUUUGGAAUCCUUGUUGCCUAAACGCCCUCAAACAACUGUUCAACAAGAGAUUGUGGAUGAAUGUAGUUUAAUGGAUGCUAGUAUGGAAGCCUUUGGUGCUCAUCAACAAUCUCGUCAUGCUUAUGAUGAAGAUGAAAGUGAUGAUGAACAAGAAGCUGGUGGUGGUGUUCGUUGUGCUCAACAAUAAUAUAUAUAUAUAUAUAGAUUUACCCUUUCAAUGUUUAUGUAUAAAAAAAAAAAAGA